AUGACCAGCCACAACAAAUCAAAGCAAAGGAGUCACUCUCGAAUAUCGCCGGUCCAAAAUGAAGAUCUUUCCUUUAUAAGUCUAUCAGCGGAAAGUUUGCAUUCCGCUGUUAAUCGAGUAGAAGAGCUAACUAUUGAUAAUGACCGAGAAAUUGGUAGUGGUAGUGGUGCUGGUGCUGGUGCUGGUGCUGGUAGUGGUAGUGGUGCUGGUAGUGGUAGCGGUAGUGGUAGUGGUAGUGGUGCAAUUCGCGAUGACCUAGUUACACCAACAGCGUCACAUCGGAGCUCGAGAUUUGGUGAUUCCGCUAUCGCUCCAUCGUCAUCAGUAGUUUCUAUCACGCUGCUGCUGCUGUCCCUGUUUUCCCCUGCAACAUCGUCAUCACCUUUGCUCGAUUUAUCAAGACCCAAAUCAAAUAGUGCAUUACAUCAUUUGACCAAGAGUAGUAGCAGUAUGAGCACACUCAAAAAGCCUUCGUAUAUCCCACCCUGGACAGAACCCUACAUCAUUGGUAUAGCAGGGAAUUCUGGAAGUGGAAAAACAUCCAUUUCACAACAAAUCAUCCAGGGCAUUAAUCAACCGUGGACUAUUCUAUUAUCAUUUGACAGCUUCUAUAAGUCACUAACUCCAGAAGAGAGUGAGCGAGCAUUUAAGAAUGAAUACGAUUUUGAUACUCCCGACUCUUUGGAUUUGGACAUGAUAGUUGAAACUAUUAAAAAUUUGAAACUGGGUGGGAAAGCAGCUAUUCCUGUUUACUCGUUUUCCAAGCAUGCUCGAACAGGUAAGACCAAUACGAUUUAUGGUGCUAAUGUUAUCAUUGCCGAGGGUCUAUAUGCAUUAUACGAUGAAAGGUUGUUAUCGCUAAUGGAUUUGAAGAUUUAUGUUGACACUGAUUUGGACGUUUGUUUAGCAAGGAGAUUAACCAGAGAUAUUUUAUAUCGAGGAAGAGAUUUGAAAGGUGCCAUAAAGCAAUGGGAGACGUUUGUUAAGCCAAAUGCAGUCAAGUAUAUAAAUCCUACAGUAAGCAAUGCCGAUUUGGUGAUACCUCGUGGGUUAGACAACAGUAUUGCGAUAAACUUGAUGAUUAAACAUAUCAAGAACCAGCUAGCUUUGAAAAGUGCCAAACAUUUACAAAAUUUGAAAACCUUGGGUAUUGAUAUUGAUUUCAAUGUUGAUUAUUUUCAAAAUAUUGGGAUUUUGCCUGUUACUAAUCAGUUAAAAGGUAUCAACUCAGUUCUAUUAUGCAAAGAGACUUGCAGAACCGAUUUCAUAUUCUAUUUCAAUAGAAUGUGUGGACUCUUGAUUGAGUUUGCUCAACAACACUUUUUCACCGAUUUCGAAACGAAAGAAGUUGCAACCACAGGUAAAUACAAGUAUAAUGGGCUUAAGCUUAUCCAAGAGCAAAUAGUGGCUGUUAAUAUAAUGAGUAGUGGCGAUUGCUUUAUGGCCUCAUUAAAAAAAUCGUUUCCUGAAUUAACAAUUGGUAAGAUGUUGAUUCAAAGUGAUUCAACAACAGGCGAGCCUCAAUUACAUUACGAGAAUUUACCUUCAAACAUUGACAGAAUUGGAAAAAUAAUGCUAUUCGAUGCCCAAAUAAUCAGUGGAGCUGGUGCAAUCAUGGCAAUCCAAGUAUUGAUCGAUCAUAAAGUAAAGGAAGAAAACAUUAUCUUGAUUAGUUAUUUAUCAACCGAGAUUGGCGUAAGAAGGAUAAUGAAUGUUUUCCCUAGAGUUAAUCUUGUUAUUGGGAAAUUGUCAUCAAUGGAUGCAAAUCGUUUAGAAGAGGAAUCAAAUAUACCAUGGUACAACAAAGAGAAAUUCCUAGAUACCCAUUGGCAUUUCAGGAAUAGAUUUAUAGAUAGUUUAUACUUUGGAGCUGAAUAG